GGUUUAUUAUCCACCUGCGACGUUUUUGGAAAGCUUUCAUUUUCCUUUUUCUUAGCAUUUUUAACAUCAACGCAUUCCACAUUUUACACAUCCACAGGGGGUUGCUUCGCUCGCUACCUUUACUUUCUUUCCUCUGUAAUUUAAUUUUCCAGGAACUUUUUCUUGUCUGGGAAAUCUUUUGAUUCUUCAUCAUUCUUGUCAAAAUUCCUUACGAAUCUUUGAUCCGAUUCAUAUACCCUUUUAGAUAUACAUACGAGGGGUGUUGUCAAAAUUUCAUCUUCCGGUCAAAUUUUUGGUGGGACAAAUCAUUUUUCCCGGGCAAGUUCUUGUUCCUGGCUUCAUUUUUUUUAAAUUACAGCGUUGGAAGCAGUAAAUGAGAGACCCUUUUUUAUAGCCGAUAGUGAUCUCUCUUUAAGUCUCCGGAAUGCGUACGCAAAUCUAAAUUAUCAAAAAUUUUGCAUCUACAGAGGUUGGGAUCUUUUGCUCUGACUUUUUUCCUUCAAGUUAUUUAACUUGAUUAAUCGCAACGUUAUCUCGUAAUUUUCUUCUCACUUGCUGCCAUUUGAAAUUUGUUCCACGAUUCUUUGUUACCUGUUUCCUGUAAAGUUAGUUGUUCAUUGAAUCAAGAAGCUACAACCUUGAUAUUCAUCAGGAAUUGGAUUGUAAAGUUUGUUAGGAAGAAAAUAAAAAACAGAAUACCUGGAUAAGGUUUGUUCUUUUGUAAAGCAGAGAUAUGGAUAUUAGUAAUGAGGCUAGUGUUGAUCCUUUCUCCAUUGGACCUUCAUCUAUCGUGGGUAGGACGAUUGCUUUUAGAGUCCUAUUCUGCAAAUCAGUGUCACAUUUUAGACAUCAAGUGAUGCGGAUGUUGUUUAUGUACUUUCAUAAAUCGAAGGAGUAUUUGUCGACCUACUUGACCCCCUUGAUCUCAUGGCUUCACCCUAGGAAUCCACAGGGGAUAUUAGUAUUAGUGACACUGAUAGCAUUCUCGUUGAAAAGAUAUACUAAUUUGAAAAUACGGGCUGAGAUGGCUUAUAGAAGGAAGUUUUGGAGGAAUAUGAUGAGGAGUGCCUUGACCUAUGAGGAAUGGGCUCAUGCUUCUAGAAUGCUGGAUAAGGAGACGAUUAGAAUGAAUGAGGGUGAUCUUUAUGAUGAAGAGCUUGUGAGGAAUAAACUUCAAGAGCUUAGACACCGUCGCCAAGAAGGAUCUCUUAGGGAUAUUAUCUUCUGUAUGCGAGCUGAUCUUUUUCGCAACCUUGGCAAUAUGUGUAACCCUGAACUUCACAAGGGAAGGCUUCAUGUUCCAAGACUUAUUAAAGAGUAUAUCGAUGAAGUCUCUACUCAACUAAGGAUGGUUUGUGACUCAGAUUCAGAGGAGCUUCUUUUAGAGGAGAAACUCGCAUUUAUGCAUGAGACCAGACAUGCCUUUGGUAGGACCGCUUUGCUUUUAAGCGGAGGGGCUUCACUGGGAGCAUUUCACAUAGGUGUGGUAAAAACGUUGGUGGAGCACAAGCUGUUGCCUCGUAUAAUUGCAGGAUCAAGUGUUGGAUCUGUCAUGUGUGCAGUUGUUGCAACUAGAUCGUGGCCUGAGCUGCAAAGUUUCUUUGAAGACUCUUGGGACUCAUUUCAGUUCUUUGAUCAGAUGGGUGGAAUAUUUUCAAUUUUUAAGAGAGUCAUGACCCAUGGGGCUGUCCAUGACAUUAGACAGUUGCAGAUGAUGUUAAGACAUCUUACCAACAAUCUAACUUUCCAGGAGGCAUAUGACAUGACUGGUCGAAUUUUGGGGAUUACUGUCUGCUCUCCUAGGAAGCAUGAACCUCCUAGAUGUCUGAACUAUUUAACUUCACCUCAUGUUGUUAUAUGGAGUGCUGUCACUGCUUCUUGUGCUUUUCCAGGCCUUUUUGAAGCUCAAGAGCUUAUGGCUAAAAAUAGGAGUGGGGAUAUUGUCCCUUAUCAUCCACCAUUUCAUUUAGAUCCUGAGCAGACUUCUGGGGCAUCUUCACGCCGCUGGAGAGAUGGUAGCUUGGAAGUUGAUUUGCCAAUGAUGCAGUUGAAGGAGCUCUUCAAUGUCAAUCACUUUAUUGUCAGUCAAGCGAAUCCACAUAUUGCUCCCUUAUUGAGGAUUAAGGACUUUGUCAGAGCUUAUGGAGGCCAUUUUGCUGCUAAGCUUGCCCAUCUGGUCGAAAUGGAGGUUAAGCACAGAUGUAAUCAAGUACUGGAACUUGGUUUUCCACUGGGAGGAUUAGCCAAGCUGUUUGCCCAGGACUGGGAGGGUGAUGUAACAGUUGUGAUGCCAGCUACUCUUGCUCAGUAUUCAAAGAUCAUACAAAAUCCCUCUCAUUUGGAACUCCAAAAGUCCGCCAACCAGGGUAGGCGAUGUACUUGGGAGAAGUUGUCAGCGAUAAAAGCCAACUGUGGAAUUGAGUUAUGUCUUGAUGAGUGUGUUGGUAUACUUAACCACAUGCGUAGACUGAAAAGGAGCGCUGAAAGAGCAGCUGCUGCUUCACAUGGCUUGACUAGUACUGUUAGGUUCAAUGCAUCUAAGAGAAUCCCGUCUUGGAACUGUAUUGCACGAGAGAACUCUACAGGAUCUCUUGAAGAAGAUCUACUCGUUGAUGUUGCUUCUUCACUACAUCAUGGAGCCAGUGGAUCCACAACACCUUCUGGCAGAAAUUGGCGAAGUUUCCGAAACACCCAUGACGGAAGUGACAGCGAAUCUGAAAGUGCUGAUUUCAAUUCUUGGACAAGAUCUGGUGGUCCGUUGAUGAGGACUACUUCAGCUGAUAAGUUUAUUGACUUUGUCCAGAAUUUGGACAUUGAUAGCAGGCUUAGCAGGGCAAGUGCACUUCAGCCCAGCAAUAUAGGAAGCCAGGUAGUUGGCAGAGAUGGGUUAUUGCAAACUUCUAGGACAAUGACUCCAGAUAGAACGUCAGACUCAGAGUUUGAUCAAAGAGACUUAACUACCAGAACUUCUAUCCCUGGUUCGAGCAUUAUGGUAGCUGAAGGUGACCUGCUACAGCCUGAGCGAUUGCACAACGGAAUUGUGUUCAAUGUUGUGAAGAAAGAAGAUCUAACACCCUCAAACAGGAGUCAGGAAUCGAGCGUUAGUUCUCCUCAUGAUUCACUGCCUGAAUGUAUGCAACUCGAAACUCCAGAAAGGGAUUUGGAUGCUAGCUCAGCAUCUGAUGACGAUGGGGAUGAUGGUAAUGCUAGAGUUGGAAACUUUGAGAACAGAACCGAUACUCCUGUCCUUGAUGUCUCUAACGUCAGUGAAGGUAAGCAAUAAUGUAGGAUCUCUUGCAUUUGAUGACAACGUCUAAUAGUUUAUACUCAUAGAAUCUUACUUCCUUUGAAGAAGUAUAAUCGAGAAAGCAACAUUGAGUUCUGGAGCUCAUUGAGGUGAGUUUGACAUUUGUAAAUAAGCUGUAGAACAGUAGGGUAGUAUACUUUCCACAACUGAAGCAUGUUGUCCUGUAUAAUUCUUUGUUGUGCUAGUUGGCGAAUUAUUUGGUCUUUUUGACGGCCAUAAUCUAGAUUUUCGAUUCUUAAUUUCAAUAUAUCCAUAUAGCAUUGUAGCCAACAUUCUCCAUCUAUAAUCGUUAAGUAAAAUAGUUAUAUCAAUACAGAAUCUAUAAUCUCAUUCUUGCUACUUUUGCUACUUAAUUUCAAAAAUAACUGAUUUCCAAAAAAUUUCAAAAAUAAUUUACUAAACUCUCAAUUUGACUACAGCAGAUUCUAUCACAGAUCCUAUCCACAAAAACUCACCUUUUCUUUCCUCAUCAACCUCACUUGCAUACCUCCAUACUGCUCCACUUUUAUCCAGCAACACCUCUACAAUCUUUCCAUUCUGAUCCAAUUUAGCAGCCAUUCCCAAUCCGCUAUACUUCGAGUUCCCUCCUGAUUUUGCAUUCAUGGCCACCCAAAAUUCGCCAUUCUUAUUACCUCUUAUAUUAUCUGGGUUCCCAGGAAGUUCCGUAAAUACAUCAAUCUUCCCGGCUGCUAACUUCCGUGAUCUAAGCCAAUACCUCAAAACUCUACCAUUUGUAGUCUCUGUGAUUAAUACGAAAUCGCCAUUUCCACCGACCGCUACUCCAUUUGGAAACAUGAGCCCGUCUGCAAUAACAAUCACCGCCUUUGUUUUCGGGUUGAACUCCAUCAACCUUCCUGUAUUGUCUCCGGUGGAGAUGACUUUCUGAUAAUCUUUUCUCGGGAACCUAGUACUGCUGUCCGUGAAGUAAAUGAGUCCUGAGGUAUGAUCAAUCGCCAAGUCGUUUGUGAAUCGGAAAGGAACACCUUGGGCUUCUGUGGCGAGUGGAGUGGCGACUCCUCCAUUUGGGCCGACUACGAGGAGACCCAUGUACGCGUCGGCGAUGUAAAGCUGGCCGGUUUCGGUGUCGAACCUCAAACCCAAUGGUCUUCCGCAUCUUGCCUCGGUUUGGGUAUGAUCAUGUGGGCCUUCGCAGCCUGAUCUGUUUGGAGUCGUUACAGCGAAAUUGACCCAGCUGUUCAGUGUGGCAUUCCACUUGAUUAUUCGCCCGUCGGAAACGCCGGUGUAAGGGCCGACACCGGCCGGGUCAAAAGCCAAACUCUCGGGUCCGGAAGCUCCCGGGAUUGAAAGCCGUUGUGAUAAUGUAGGAAUACGUUGAGGGUUUUGAGUCCACCAGGUUAGCAUUCCGAUCAAAAGAAAUGCAGCGGAAUAGAAGUUACCAUUACCCAUGAAGACGAUUGAAGAAGAAUACUGCCAAUAUCAAUGAUUUAUGGUCAAUGAAAGCCAAAACUGAAAUUCACAAUGGAAAUGGAAGACGAAGAAUUUAUUUGGACUGACUACGAAAAUUACUGCAUGCAAUCAAUGAAUAAGGGUCCUAUACCAAACUUGAGUCUCUCUUAUCUUUCUCAAACAAAAUUUGAAAAUGAAAGAAAGAUUAAUCUAUUCAACAUUCUUUUUUUUUUUUUUUCUACGGUAUCCCUCUAACCGAUAACGAGAAAAAUAAUACUUUGCCGUAGAG